GCCAAGGCCUGUCUCAGUGUCAUGGCAUGGGGGGGCGGGGAGAUGUGUGGGGCCAUAUAAAGGACAUGACAGCCCUGGCCCCAGCACCCGUCAGCCCGACCCGGAGACACCCCGGCCAUGUCCAUCCAGAAGAUCCAUGCCCGUGAGAUCCUGGACUCCCGUGGGAACCCCACGGUGGAAGUCGACCUGCACACAGCCAAGGGGCGGUUCCGGGCCGCGGUGCCCAGCGGCGCCUCCACGGGCAUCUAUGAGGCGCUGGAGCUGCGCGACGGGGACAAGAGCCGGUACCUGGGCAAAGGGGUGUUGAAGGCUGUCGACCACAUCAACAAGACCAUCGUCCCGGCCCUGCUUGAGAAGAUUCCCCCCUCCCCCUCCCCCCAGAAAUUCAGCGUGGUGGAUCAGGAGAAGAUCGACAAGUUCAUGAUUGAUUUGGAUGGGACUGAGAACAAGUCCAAAUUUGGGGCGAACGCCAUCCUGGGGGUGUCACUGGCCGUGUGCAAGGCGGGUGCUGCAGAGAAGGGCGUCCCCCUUUACCGUCACAUUGCUGACCUGGCCGGCAACACCCAACUUGUCCUGCCUGUGCCAGCCUUCAAUGUGAUCAAUGGAGGCUCACAUGCGGGGAACAAGCUGGCCAUGCAGGAGUUCAUGAUCCUGCCAGUGGGCGCCAGCAGCUUUGCGGAGGCGCUGCGCACAGGUGCCGAGGUCUACCACCACCUCAAGGCCGUCAUCAAGGCCAAGUACGGCAAGGACGCCACCAACGUGGGUGAUGAGGGCGGCUUUGCCCCCAACAUCCUCGACAACAACGAAGCACUGGAGCUGCUAAAAGCAGCCAUUGCGGCAGCCGGGUGCACGGACCAAGUUGUCAUUGGCAUGGACGUGGCAGCCUCCGAGUUCCACCGCGAUGGCAAGUACGACCUGGACUUCAAAUCGCCGCCAGACGCCACACGGCUCAUCACGGGCGAGCAGCUGGGGCAGCUCUACCAGAGCUUCGUGCAACAUUACCCCGUGGUGUCGAUCGAGGACCCGUUCGACCAGGAUGACUGGGCAGCCUGGAGCCGGUUCCUGCCACUGGUUCCGAUCCAGGUGGUCGGUGAUGACCUGACAGUCACCAACCCCAAGCGCAUCCAGCGCGCGGCUGAGGCCAAGGCCUGCAACUGCCUCCUGCUCAAGGUCAACCAGAUCGGCUCCGUCACUGAGUCCGUGCAGGCGUGCAAGCUGGCGCAGAGCCACGGCUGGGGCGUGAUGGUCAGUCACCGCUCGGGGGAAACUGAGGAUACCUUCAUCGCAGACCUGGUGGUGGGACUCUGCACCGGGCAGGUAAGUCCCGCCCCCUCAGUCAGAUCCGCCCCCUGCACCACACGAAUGGGCCCCGCCCACUCAACACCCAGCCUAAGCCCCGCCCCUCCAGGCCUCGCC